UGUGCGGGGAAUUACGAAGCGCCCUCGUCGGCUUCCGUACGGCUGCCCUCUCGGUGCGGAAGUGUCGUCCUCAAGAGCAGCAGCAGCAGCAGAGCCAGAGCUGCCACUGUUUGGAUAAACACUACGCUAGUUCGGUAGCAGCCUUCCUCUCCUCCGUGUCUCUCCUGCCGGGACCUGUCAGCGCUCCUCCAGACAGUGCAGCAUAGCAGUAUUAUGCGAGCACCGUCCGGUGUGUGGGAGCACCGUGUGAAGUGAGUUUCCUUGAAUCAUCUAUAUGGGCCAUCUUCUCUCGAAAAAUGGUUAUCGCCUGAAGAAGAGGACACGCAAGUUGCACCACAGGAAGAAGAAGAAGAGGAACUGUUUCCUGCAGCUGCCCUGCAUGCUCUGCUUCAUCGUCCACAGCAACAGCACCGGUCUCAACGACGACGACAGCGACCACUUGGAGGCCGGAGUCAACGGUAACGUGUGCCGCCACAACAGCAUCACCGGAAUCAGUGUCCCUGGUGUUGGUGGAGUCGGCAUAGGAGCAGCAGCUGCCUCGAAGCUCGCUGAGCGAUACGCAACACUCACAUCUCCUGAGGACUGCUCCAAGUUCCUGUUGUCACCGCGGGAGUUGGCUGUCUGGGAGGGCCAAGGGAGGAGCCUUUUAUCAGCCGUUCCUGCAAAACUGAUCCCACCACCUGCGCUGUUCAGAACCGCUGGGGUGUCUGUGACCGUACCCAUACCUGUACCUGUGCCUGGCUGCAACAGUGACUAUACUGAGAUGGUGUGUAAGAGGAAGUGCUCAGAGGUGCAGAGGUGCACCCCCUGUAAGCAACCACGCUGCGCCUUCGCUGCCCCUGAUGGAGGGCUGGAGAAUGGAGGAGUGGGAGGAGGUGGGGGAGAGGCUGCCUCGAACUCCGGAACUGGCCACUGCCACCUUCCCCUCUGCCCACUUCCCUCCUCCUCCACCUCUUCUUCCUCUGCCUCCUCCUCUUCCUCCUCCCCUGCUGAUGGCUGCUGCGGGUUGGGUCUUCAUGCGGAUUUGCCCCAAAGUUCAGACUCGUCCCCCUGCUGCCUGCAUCACUAUGACGACUGCCAGGCAAAAAGUUCUGAUGCUGCUGCUGAUCACUUAAGUAUCAACCACCUGCCUUCCUCCAUCCUUCUUAAGGUGCUCUCGCACUUGACAGUGAAGGAGCGCUGUCUGUGUGCCUCUCUGGUGUGUAAAUACUGGAGGGACCUCUGCUUGGACUUCCAGUUCUGGAAGCAAAUCGACCUCAGUGGUCUCCAACAAGUAAAUGACGAUCUUCUGGUGAAAAUAGCCUCUCGGAGACAGAACGUGACAGAGAUUAACAUCUCAGAUUGCAGAGGGGUCCAUGACCAUGGCGUGUCUUCCCUGGCCUCACACUGUCCAGGCCUGCAGAAGUACACAGCAUACCGCUGCAAGCAGCUCGGUGACAUGUCCCUGUCAGCCUUGGCUACACACUGCCCUCUGCUGGUGAAGGUGCACGUGGGCAACCAGGACAAGCUAACAGAUGAGGCACUAAAGAAGCUGGGAGAGCACUGCAGUGAACUGAAGGAUAUCCACUUGGGUCAGUGCUACAGUAUCACGGAUGAAGGCAUGGUGGCCUUGGCUAGAGGAUGCCGUAAACUACAGAGACUUUACUUGCAAGAGAACAAACUGGUCACUGAUCGUUCAGUGCGAGCGGUUGCAGAGCAUUGUCCAGAGCUGCAGUUUGUUGGCUUCAUGGGAUGUCCGGUGACCUCUCAGGGAGUCAUCCAUCUUACUGCGCUACGGAACCUGAAUGUUCUGGACUUGCGGCACAUCUCGGAGCUCAACAAUGAGACGGUGAUGGAGGUGGUGAGGAAAUGUCGCAACCUCAGCUCCCUCAACCUCUGCCUCAACUGGAGCAUCAAUGACAGGUGCGUGGAAAUCAUCGCCAAGGAGGGGAGAAGUCUGAAAGAGCUCUAUCUCGUGUCUUGUAAAAUCACAGACCACGCUCUGAUAGCCAUAGGCCAGUACAGCAGCACCAUAGAGACUGUGGAUGCCGGCUGGUGUAAGGACAUCACAGACCAGGGAGCCACUCAGAUCGCUCAGAGCAGCAAGUCCCUCCGCUACCUGGGCCUCAUGAGAUGUGACAAGGUGAACGAGGAGACGGUGGAGAGGCUGGUGGUCCAGUACCCUCACAUAGUUUUCAGCACGGUGAUGCAGGACUGCAAGAGAACCCUGGAGAGAGCUUAUCAAAUGGGCUGGAGCCCCAACACCUCAAACGCUUCGUAGCUACCGCUGGAUCACAAGCAGACAGACACGCACACACACGUGCACGUGCACGUGCACAUGGAUACACACACCAACACAUAUCUACACAGAGGCCCCUUUUUUUCGGCGUGCAGACACAAACACACACAAUAUUUGCAGCUCAGUCAUGUUUGCUUCUCAUCCACUGUUCAAACAUGCAUGUGAGCAUGUAGCGACACACACACACACACACACACACACACACAGACAAAAAGGUUCGGUCCAUCAACCGUUUCAUUCGAAGCAAAUCUCCCAUUUUAAUAAUUUAAGUAAAACUUGUAUUUUAUAAUGAAGUCCAACUUCACAACAACAGCGACAGUCAGCAACUCGACUGAUUCACCCUCAACAUCAUCAUCAAUCAGUUUACAUGCAACAAUGUAGUGUACUCUCUCGGACCAGAACCUCCAGUGACAGUCUUUUUUUAGGGGUGCAAAGCAGUGCACCAACAAGUGUUUAUAUGAUAUCUACUUUAAGUGAGUGUUACUCAGUUGAUAAGAGUAUUAAUCCUCAUACAUUUAAGUCCUCCACGUCACCUUGGAUGGAGUAAGAGUGAAGUUGCAUGAGGGCGGAUGGGGGGGACUGGUCCUGAAGAUGUGAAAAAUAUCCCAACAGACAUUCAGCGAUGGUCUGACCACAAUUGUUUUUAAUGAGAAAAAUAGAUUAAAAUCGGUUUGUUGCACAGACUGGAACCGAUGUCCCGCGAGCGCUGCGCCCACGUCGGCCCUCUGCAGUGUUCGCUUCCUUCAAACUGAACUCAACUGCUGCAAAGUGAGAUCACACGAGACGCAGCAGAGACUCGGAGAUCAGGAGAUGACAAUACCACGACUUUCAGUCUGGGAAGACAACCGGACUGCCGGGGCGUCAGAGCUCACAUCAGGCAUUCUGAGAAACCUGUGAUGUUUAUUUUGCCUAAUAAGAAGAUUUUUUUUUUUUUUUAAUUUUCUUUUUUGUUCCUCUCUUGGAUGUUCAGUACAGUGUUCGAGGCGUCUGUGGACUCAUACUUGUUGAGAUUGUUGACAAGGCUCCGUUUGAAGGACAGAGCUGUGACUUAAACUGCACAUCGUCACGGUACGGAAGGAAAAAUUUCAGGCCACGAAUCAGCCGAACCCCCUGGCAAAUGCAUGGCAGGAAAACAGCACUGAAUACUCCUCUGAAAAAAAGAAUGCAUGUUUACGUUGAGAUUCUCACCUUAUUUUUUUCAGCUGAAGAGAUAAUUGACGUGAGACGAGACAGGAUGAGAUUGAGAUCAUCUGGCGUUGGACAUUAGCCCCUGUACGACUUGGGAACAGUGCUGCUUCCGAUGCCAUGUAUAGAUUUAAGGUUGACUGGGCGUCACCUUGAGUCAGGAGAAGAAUGAAAAUCAAACCAUGCUUGAAAUAGAAGUUGCCUUUACCUAAAAGAAAUAAUAAAAGAACCUGGGUCAUGUUAUCAGAACAAAUUAACCACAACCAUCGUGAUGACAGGUAAGAGGGAACGUUGCCUUAAGUGGUCAGUCGGUAAUCGCCACUGAACUAGCAGCCUGGAAUCGACCCGGAAUCCACUAAAGAAAUGUUUAUCUGAUACUAUCUUCCCAUUGUUUGAUCUGAUAUAUACGUAUAAAUGAAUACUGUGUGGGAUUUACUUAGCCUAUUAUUGGUUUUGAAACAUAUACUUGUAAUAUUAUCUAUGUAGCAACGCAAUGAGGGAAUUAUCUUUAUUAGUGGUGUAGGAUGUAAAGAAACAACUGGCUUGGGCCCGUAACCAAGGCCAGUACAAGUUGGUAGGUAGGAGUUGAUCUUUUUUUUUUUUUUUUUUUUUUUUUUUUCAUCUAUUCUAUAGAAAUUUAGUAGUGUACAGUUUAAAAAAAUGCAAAUAACCAGGGUAUUUUUCUAUGGUGUGAACCAGCUCUGGGCUCAGCCUCCACACACUGUCACUCGAUCACACAAUAGCUUACUGGGUUUAAGGGUUUGAGUAGGACUGUAAACUUUCUACAGCAUAUAGAGAUUUCAGACAAUUAAAAAACCAUGUUCAUUCUACCCUUGUCAGGAUUUGUAGACUUUAAUCGACGGAGACUUUCUCCCUCGGCCUGUUUUUUGUUCCGUUUUCUGUUCUUUUGUAAUCCCUGUAUGCACUUUCUUCUCUGCUAGAUGUUGACACACUUGAUUCCUGAUUUGUUAAGGCAACCGUAAAUGACUGGAUUUACAUAAAGAUGAAUAAAACACUACUACUUCAAG